CUUUUUCAUUCUUUCAAAGAGAAGGACCUUCUGCUUAAUGAAAAUAAAAGAGAAUAUCAAAGGAAGCAGGAAGGAAAGGAAAGGUUUGCAAGUUGAACUUCUGCUGACUGUAGCAAAUGCUUUGUUUUGCUGGCCAGAUCCAAAGGUUCCAGGGGGGAGAUGACCGUCUGAAGGAGAGAAGGGAGGAGGAAGAGAGAGGGAAAGGAGGGAAGGACGAGGAACCAGGAAAAGAAAUAAAAAGUUUUAUGAGUCAGAUCGCUGCCUUCUGAGAAGUUAUUUGUUCCUUGAAUCAGCUAACUAAGCUGUCUACACAAGGUCCCUUAUCAGUAGCAGGGAGAUAUUCUUCCUCCUUUCCUGCCCACUGCAGGUAGGCGACUCCCCGAGCAGGAAAUCCUUCCAUGAAGCCCUUCACCUUAAACCUGCAGGUGUGGAUGCUCCUCUGGGCAUGGGUGCUGAGGGGAGCUGCUGCUGGCUGUACCUGGGCCGAAGAGUCUCAUCGGAGCGGGGAAAGCCCUGCCUGGGCAGCAGGGUAUCAUUGGAGCGGGGAAGGCACUACCCGCUACCUGGAGUCUCUGUUCCUGGGCAGAUGUUAUGAGUACAUCUUCCUGGUGAACCCGGCCCUCAGUGACAAAAACUGCUCAGCAAUAUGGGAAGCCUUCAAAUCUGUGCUCCACAAGAGUCCCUGCUCUGUACUGCCUUCAGACUAUGACCUUUUUAUCAACCUCUCAAGACACUCCAUUCCCAGAGAUAAGUCAUUGUUCUGGGAAAAUAACUACUACCUCGUUUCUGCUUAUGCUGAUAACGCCCAGCGGCUGAUGCCUGUAAGCGACACGCUAUAUGGCCGAGUAGCAGAUUUGCUCACUUGGUGUCGAGAAGAAAAUGGCACAGACUUUGAUUACCAGUCCUGCCCCAUAGAAAAAGACUGUGAAAAUAAUGCUGUGGAUUCCUUCUGGAAGAGAGUCUCCUCCCAGUAUGCACAUGAUAGCUCCGGGGUGAUACAUGUUAUGUUGAAUGGUUCAGAGCCAUGUGGAGCGUAUCCAGUAAAGGGUUUUUUUGCAGACUAUGAAAUCCCCUACUUCCAAAAAGAUAAAGUCACACGAUUUGAGAUCUGGAUUAUGCAUGAAAUUGGAGGACCAUAUUUAGAAUCCUGUGGAGAAGGCAGUGUGAAAAUACUGGAAAACAGGCUGAAAAACAUGGAGUAUAAAUAUGAAUGCAUUAAUAAUUACAGAUCUGUGAAGCUCCUACAAUGUCUGGACCAUACAGUCCACUCUGACUGUGUCUUUAGUUCAGCAGCAGAGUCCAUACAACAAAGAUUCCUCCCUCUUUUUGGAAGAAAAUGGGACCCCAUCCUUCUAGUUUUUCUAUUUGUGUCAUUGGCUUCAGGAAUCCAUCUUUAACUUCUUAAUGAAAUCAGAGACUUUCUGAGAGUGAUCCACUCCUAAAAGAAGACCUCAUGCCUGGAUUGGGUCCUUUGCCCAAAAAAUUGCUUUCCUUUUCACAUAAGAUAGUGAAUUAUCAGGAUUGACAAUAGCCUAUAGCAUUGUAUUACUCCUUCCCUAUCCAACUGUCUACUCUCUAAAUUAUGGAGGUUUUAGCUGCCUAAAUUAGUAUCGAUGAAUUUUGUAUAUUUUUUGGACUUUUUACUUUUUCAAAUGAAUUUGUUAUUUUUCUAGCUCUAUAAAAUAAUCUUGUGGUAGAUUGAUUGGUAUGGCAUUGAAAAAGUAAAUUCACUUGGAUAGUAUUAUAAUUUUUAUUAUAUUGGCUUGACCUAGGCAUGAACAAUAAAUAUUGCCUCCAGUUGUUAA